CUCUUUAUAAUUUGAUAAACAUGACUUCAAAGGACUUCAAGAUGGAAUACAUUCGCUUUGGAAAAACCGGAAUGCGCGUAUCGCGUGUGUGUCUUGGUUGCAUGUCUUAUGGGUCAUCCAAAUGGCAGGAUUGGGUUAAGAAUGAGGCCGAGUCCUUGAAGAUUAUCGAGGUUGCUUACAAGGCCGGCAUCAACUUCUUUGAUACUGCAGAUGCCUACUCUAACGGAGAGAGUGAACGCAUUUUAGGAAAGGCUAUCAAACAGCUGGAGAUGCCCCGCUCCCGCAUCGUUGUUGCCACCAAGCUAUUUUUCCCUGUGGCAGAAGACAUUUCUGCCAACCUUUUUCAUGCCAAGCUUGAUAAUGUCUCAGAAUUUGUUAAUGGUUAUGGUCUCUCAAGAAAGCAUGUUUUUGAUGCUGUUGAAGCUUCUCUUGAAAGACUUGGUCUCGAUUACAUUGAUCUCUACCAGAUUCACCGCUUUGAUCCCAACACUCCUAUUGAAGAGACCAUGGAAGCCCUUAACGACCUUGUAAGAUCUGGAAAGGUUAGAUACAUCGGUGCCAGCUCAAUGAAGGCCUGGCAGUUCCAAAAGGCAAAUUCUAUUGCCGAGAAGAAUGGUUGGGCCAAGUUUUCUUGUAUGCAGAACCUUUACAACCUAUUGUACCGUGAAGAAGAAAGAGAGAUGAUCCCCUACUGUAUUGAUCAAGGCAUUGCUCAAAUCGUUUGGUCCCCCCUUGCCCGUGGCUUUUUGACAGGCAAGAACCGGACCUCAACCCGCAGCCAGACCGAUAAAGCUAUUGAUAGAUUAUUUGCCAGAAAGGUGAAUGACAACAAUGAGUUGAUUAUUGACCGAGUAGUCGAAAUUGCUGAAAAGAGAAACAUAACUGCUGCUCAGGUUGCAUUGGCCUGGUUGUUUGCCAAAAACCAUGUCACAGCACCUAUCUUGGGUAUUGGCAAGGUGGAGCAUCUGUACGAUUUGUUGGGUGCUAUUGAUGUGAAGUUAACUGCGGAAGAAGUAUCCUACCUGGAGGAGUCAUAUAUUCCUAGAGAAUUAAUCUCAAUGUAGUUUUAGAAUUCUUUAUAAUAUUGUGUUAUCCUCCGCUAAAACAUUGACGAUGACAUCAAAACGGAGUGUGUCCAAAUAAAGCAAUCCACCUUUUUCUGUUUCCCUUU